GUUUUUAGCUGGGGUCUACAAACAUCUCCCUUACAGUGUACAGUUUACGACUGUUUCCGUUUUUUCGACAUGGCUGUAGCGCUUUACGGCAGAUUGUAGUCACACGUGUUGUGGUCGCAUGGAGGAUCGUUGGAGUCUGUAGCAGCUGCUGAAGUUAUCACCUGAAGAAUGUCGUUCAGAGGAGGUGGAGGACGAGGUGGAAGAGGUGGAGGAUUUAACCGUGGUGGGGGUGGCAGAGGAGGCUAUGGCGGCGGCAGAGGAGGCUAUGGCGGCGGCAGGGGUGGUGGAAGAGGAGGUUAUAACAGACAGCAAGACUUUGGACCCCCGGAAUAUGUUGUUGCUGUAGGAGAAUUCAUGCACCCAUGUGAGGAUGACAUUGUGUGCAAAUGCACAACAGAUGAAAACAAAGUUCCUUACUUCAACGCGCCAGUGUACCUGGAAAACAAGGAACAGAUCGGGAAGGUGGACGAGAUAUUUGGACAGCUGCGGGACUUUUAUUUUUCCGUCAAACUGUCUGAAAAUAUGAAGGCGUCUUCGUUUAAGAAGAUGCAGAAGUUUUAUAUAGAUCCAAUGAAGCUCCUCCCACUGCAGAGAUUCCUGCCCAGGCCACCUGGAGAAAAAGGCCCGCCAAGAGGAGGCCGAGGUGGGGGUAGAGGCGGUGGACGAGGCGGCCGUGGAGGUGGAUUUCGUGGUGGAAGAGGGGGAGGAGGCAGAGGUGGCGGAUUUGGUGGAGGUGGCGGAUUUGGUGGAGGUGGCGGAUUUGGAGGACGCGGAGGUGGCUUCAGAGGGAGAGGAGGAGGUGGCGGAGGACGUGGAUUCAGAGGUGGGCGAUGAUAUGCCGUGGGGUCAUAAUUCAUCCCUGUUCUCUGUGAGCGUUUGUCCUGCGUGCCAACGCUUUCCCCAUGUGGACACAUCAUUGGACUAUACCUCAUGGAUGGAUUUGUUUUCUGUCUUUUUUUUUUACAAGUUUUUGUAUGAGUGAUGGACCUUUUUUGUUUUUAUUUCAAGGGCUCAUAUGUAUGCUUGUGUCAACCCCUUUUCUCUUUGUGCACAGACAUGUUAUUGUCCUGUAUAAGUCAUAAAUUUUUGUACUUUGACCAUGAACACAUGCAAUUACUAACCAUCAUUAGUCACGUAUGGACAUGUGGACAAAUAAGAUAAGAUAUGCCUUUAUUAGUCCCUCAGUGGGGAAAUUUGAGACUUUUAAGUUAGAAAGGUUUUUUAACAUUCAAAAUUUGUCAACAGAAGAUUUUGUAAUUACCUUGAUUAAAAGUUUUUGUGUAAUAUGUGUUGUUUUGGGUAUGCUAAAGAACUACAAAUUCUAAAAACUACAAUGGCUUGCAAUGGAUACCCUGACAGAUUAAAGUAACAAGUGUGGCUUUUGGGUGAAAUUUCUGAUUACUCAGUUUUAUGCCACUGAAAUAAAAAGCUUUGGACUACCACAAUAUUUCAUUAAAUAGUUUAAAGGUGAGUUAAAGAUGCUCCAUGUUAUUGUCAGUAAUGUGUUGAUCAUA